CCGUGGAACCGAGGCGUAUAUUGGGCCAGAAGAAAAAAAAAAAAGGCAUGUGGCCCAGAUUUAUUUAGUUUAUCUAUUGAAUUUCUGUCCAAAAUAAAAGCAACAUCACCCGCACGGGUUUGAUUAUUGUAGCUUUUCAUUAAGAUAUUAUUGAUAUACCACAGUUUGGGCCUAAUAAUAAUCAAAACAAAGUAGCUAGGGCCUUUAUCAGAUUAAUCCUAGUCCCGUUUUCCCCCAGAGAAACAAAAUCAGGACAGCAGAGUUUUGUUUUAUUUGGGUCACCUUGAUUCUUCUUCUUCUUUUUUUUUUUUUUUUUUUACCCCUCAGCUUUCUAGUGAAUUAAAGCCUUAUUGGCUUUGAAUCCAUAUCACCUCAUUUAGCAAACCCUCCACCUCGGUGCAGCUGUUUUAACGCACUGGCGGAACGAUAAAUCAUGUUCCAUAAAACUCGCCAAAACGCGGGUCUAAUCACCAAAUUGAAACAUGAAAUGACACAGUGUCAUUAAAGGGAACCUCGCUGCCGGUUUAUAAUCCUACAGAGACGGUGGGCAGCACAUAAAAAUUAAAAAAAAAAAAAGAAAAGGCAAGGGCAAACGCUUUAACGGAGGAGCACUUCGGCUAAUUAAGUCGUUGAACCCGCUGCCCUCGACAAACAUGUCUCCCGCGUAGGGGUUGGACGGAGGGGAAGCGCGACCAAUGGGAGGGCGUCUUGAAUCGAGGUGGACGCGUGGCAGCCAAUGGCAUCGCGGCACCUUGGAGAGACGCUGAGGCAGCUCUGCCAGGACACGGCCAGAUACGGAAACGGCAAAAAAAAAAAAAAAAAAAAAUAGCCGCCGAGAGGAGCAGGAAUCCUCCAACUGCCGCGUUGUUUUCAGUGAUGUAGAGAAAAGGGACUGAGUUACUCUUUAAUAAAACAGCCGGACCCAUGACCCUGACACGAGGAUCCUUCACCUACUCAAAUGGCGAGGAGUACCACGGCGAAUGGAAAGAAGGUCUGCGUCACGGCCUGGGUCAGCUGACCUUCAGUGACGGGACGUGCUACACGGGACAGUUUGAGAACGGCCUCUUCAACGGCUGUGGGAUGCUGGUCUUCCCCGACGGCUCCAGGUAUGAAGGUGAGUUUGUUCAGGGGAAGUUCCAGGGCGCCGGCGUCUUCGCUCGCUUCGACGGGAUGAGGUUCGAGGGCGAGUUUAAGAGCGGAUGUGUGGACGGCCACGGGCUGCUGACGUUUGUGGACGGAGGCCCUGGCGGCGGCGGCGGCGGCAGCCACGAGGGCGUGUUUGAGACCAACCAGCUGAUGAGGAGAGAGAACAGCCAGGGAGCCGUGCAGAGGGCGCAGGCAGCGGCCGCCAAGGCCCGAGCUCUGGCCAUGUGACCCGGACUACAUCACCCACAGUGCCCCAGUCCCAGGAUCCUCCUGCUCCCAUCAUCCUCCUGCUUUAGCUUUUUAUUUAGUUAUUUACGAAAAGAGUCAUUUAUUUACUUUGGUUUCUUUCUUAUCCAGUUUCUUUGACUCUUUUUUCAGAUUUUGUUCUUUUUACACACAUUUUCAUUUUUGUAUCCUGCAGUUAAAAUGUUUUAUAAAAAUCUCUCUCUCUCUUUUUAUUAAUUUAUUUUUUGCAUUUGAUUAGAAAAGCCACUGAUUCGGGAUCAGCUGAGCCAAACCCAGAUUUACGGUUCAGUUAACACACUGGUGCUAAAUCUGCUUCAGGGUCAGCUCACCUGACGAAACACAACUCUGGAUUCAAAAGUGCAAACGGACGUUUUUCCAGGAAACACUGAUUCUCAUGUGGAAGCACGUCUGGAGCUCGGAGUCUGAACUGGGAUCAGUUUAAAGUUUUUCAGAGGUCUGGGUCGAGUGGGGGUUUGAUAGUAUUUUAUAAAAUCUGAAUCUGAUCCUUUGAUCGAAUCUAUCACCGACUCUAAUUAGACUCAGCUUUCAACGUUUGCAAGUAAUUAAAGUUAUAAAUAACUAAAACUCAAAGAAUCAAUUUAGAUUUUUCAUUAUCUUUUGCUGAUGAGGAGGAAGAAAAAAAAAAUUAGUGGCUGCCUAAUUAAUGUUUACAACUUGUACCUUAAAAUGAGAUGAGCAGCAGAAGAUGGAAAGUGUUGAUUAAAUGCGUCUGACACGUUGAAAUAACAGCUGAACUUUACUUUGCACAACUUAUUAUUAACAAGCUACUCGCAACUCGUGCAGGUCCCAAUUCAGAAGUGUCAGGUGAACACGCCUCACUUUAUUCAUCUGAGGUGCAUGAAAACUCGCUGUCUAACACACCGGCCUGCGGGCGGCAAAUUAAUAUAAACAAAGGCCUCCGAUAGAACUGAUAUAAAGUGACGCAAAAACUGAGACGCCUGCAGAUGUUGCAGAAGUUUUGAUAUCACGUUGUGAACAGGAAACAGCAAAGAGAUUUGUUUUGUGAAUCUAGAAACUCGAUCCAAAAUGGAAGCCAGCGCUCGGUGCCCGCUCCCGGACACCAGGCGUGUUUCCAUUAUGCACAAUUUGAAAGUGUGGACUUAUAUAAUGCUUUAAUGAAAGCAAACGACACCGGCAGAGAGUCCGAACCUCGUAGACAACGUCCUCCGAAGGGACUCAGCUUAUGUUUCCUGUUUGUACCAAAUGUGUCUGUAAAACUUAACCACAUUUAUCCCAGUUUUAACUCGGACUUCGAGACGCGUUUUGACCUUUAAAUCCCUGAAUCAGUACUUUUCUGGGUUUCCUGCCUUCCUGUUCAAAGAGAACACACAUUUGUUCUGACAUCUGGCCUCUUGUUGGUGCCCUGGUGUCAGAAAACAUCCUCUUUACUUUCAGUCAGCGAGUUGUCAGAAAGGUGAAGAUCUGGGCUGAAGAAUUUCUUUUCUCUCUCUUUUCACUCAGUGCCAUUAAAGCUCAGGCUGAUCACACAUCAGCGGCAACAUCCUCCUCAGUGCCAACCACGCAGUGCCAACAGGCUGCAGCUGAUCCAGAGUCAGUGGCCCCCGCAUCAG